AUGACACCCGUUGACAGGAGGCCGCAGGUGGCCAUAUGCCUGGCGUGCGCCUGCGCGCUGCUCAUGAUCACCGCGCUGUCGAUCACCAUCGGCAUCUUCAUCGGGUACACAUACUGCUACAUCGAACACAAGUCUGGCAUUAUAAACGCAAAUGUCACACGCACCAACGUAAAAAUUAUCCCGAUGCGCUCGUUCGAGUAUCACGACAACAAAACUAGGACGAUCAACGACGCCAUCCUGAACAACUACUUCAUCUCCAAACUCCUGACGGUCAGUGGUCUACGAGCACCAGCUAUAUCCUGGUCGGAACAGACAGAAAAAAGGCUCAUUGAGACGACUGCCUGA